AAGUAACUGGAUCUUCCUGAGGUCUGCUGAGUAGUGUCGUCUUAUAAAUGGAAAAUGGGAGAGCUCACACCUUGACAGUCUUGUUCAUCCUCACGUGUGCUCUGGGAUACGUAACCUUGUUUGAAGAGACACCACAAGAUACAGCCUACAAUACAAAGAGAGGUAUUGUUGCCAGUAUUUUGGUUUUCUUAUGUUUUGGAGUUACACAAGCUAAAGAUGGACCGUUUUCAAGACCUCAUCCAGCUUACUGGAGGUUUUGGCUUUGCGUCAGCGUUGUAUAUGAGCUCUUCCUCAUCUUUAUACUCUUUCAGACUGUACAAGAUGGCAGACAGUUUAUGAAGUACAUUGAUCCGAAUUUAGGGGUUCCCUUGCCAGAAAGAGACUAUGGUGGCAACUGCCUUAUCUAUGAUCCUGGCAAUGAAACUGAUCCGUUUCACAAUAUCUGGGACAAACUGGAUGGAUUUGUUCCUGCUCACUUUUUUGGCUGGUACCUAAAAACAUUAAUGAUUCGAGACUGGUGGAUGUGUAUGAUCAUCAGCGUAAUGUUUGAAUUUCUGGAAUACAGUCUGGAACACCAGCUUCCAAACUUCAGUGAAUGUUGGUGGGAUCACUGGAUAAUGGAUGUGAUCUUAUGUAACGGAUUAGGAAUUUACUGUGGGAUGAAGACUCUGUCUUGGCUCUCUUUGAAAACAUACAAAUGGCAAGGACUUUGGAACAUUCCUACAUACAAAGGUAAAAUGAAGAGGAUUGUCUUCCAGUUCACUCCGUAUAGCUGGGUCAAAUUUGAGUGGAAGCCAGCGUCCAGCUUACGCAGAUGGCUAGCAGUUUGUGGCAUAAUCUUUGUAUUUUUAUUGGCAGAGCUGAACACAUUUUACUUGAAGUUUGUCCUUUGGAUGCCACCAGAACACUACUUGGUCCUGUUGCGACUUGUCUUUUUUGUCAAUGUGGGAGGUGUGGCUAUGAGGGAGAUCUACGACUUCAUGGAUGACCCGAAGUUCCAUAAGAAACUGGGUCAGCAGGCUUGGCUGGUUGCUGCUAUUACUGCCACAGAGUUUCUGAUCGUCGUGAAGUACGAUCCCUAUACUCUUACGCUUUCUCUUCCUUUCUACAUUACGCAGUGCUGGAUCUUGGGGAUCAUACUUGUGCUCACCUGGACAGCCUGGCGUUUCUUCAUUCGUGACAUCACCUUGCGUUAUAAGGAGAUAAGACGACAGAAGCAAGAGCACAAAUAUGACAGGGACAAAUGCUUGAGCAAUGGUGAUGGACAUUCUUCGAUGCUGGAUGAACAAAAUGGGAACAAACUAAGGGAAAGGAAACUUUGAGCAACAGUCAAAGGGCUAAAAGGGACUCGUAGUGCUCAAGUUAGCCUGGUGGACAGUUUCAACCUUAUUCUACCUAAUUUGUAAUUUUCAUUGUUAGUUUUCCAACAUAUGAAAAUCCUCUUGGGAAAAAGAUGCCCCUUUGACGUACGCACCCUUUCUCCUCAUGUACACCUAGUCAGAGUUGGAGAAAGUCUGUGUAGAGGGAAGUCAGAACCAACACCGUUGCAACAAGAAGGAGUCUUCAUUCAAGCAUGUUAUAUGUCUUCCUUGCAAAACAAGGUUUGGAGAAAAAGGGGCUUUAAAACAAAGUGCAAAGGGAAUCUUGUUGAUCUGUUUCCAGUAAACUGAGAUUUCAAUUUUGACAUUUGGGCAUUAGGAAUACUUGUUUUGGAGAAUACAGACAUGCGUCACAGGAAAUGAAUUUUGUAUUUCUGCUGAAACUACCUUGAGCUGUGGAGUAGUAUUAUGUAAUAUUGUCAGCCGCCAAUUAACAGAGCUGCAGUGAGAUAAACAAAGAUAUGUGACUGAAGCUGGUGAACAAGUUGCAUAACUUGCACAGAAUAUAAUACAGUACACUACUGUUACAGCCCCUGUAAUGCUGGGGUUAUUGCCUUUCUCUAAUCUGACUUUUGACAUCCUAGAAUAGCCUAUGAUAGUUUUAUGUUAUAUCAAAGCCCUUGGGAGGCAGAAGAUUUCUCCUUAGCUCUUUUUAUCAUUAUUAUUGGUCAUCUCUCAAAUGUAAGGGAAAGUUAAACAAGAAAGCUCAAUCUGCCUUUCAUUAGCUUCAUGGAGUAAAAUAUGUUACAAGCAGAAAACUAGGAGUUAACUCCAUCAGUCUUAAGUUAUUUGCCUUAUUCUCAACUAUUUUGUUUUGCUUAUCAAGAGGUUUUCGUUCUUGGUGUCUGCUGUAUGAGGCAUGUGAGGUUCCUCCAGCCUUCAGAACUGCUCCAUUCCUCUCAAAGGUAACUCGAGACUCGGCAGCCUCCUGAGGCAAACUGGAAAAAGGCGUUUUGUGCAGUCACGCACAAAAUAGCCAUUAACGCGCUGCCAUCGCUGCCAAAAGAACAAACGAAGGGAAAGUGCAUAGUUCUUUCCCAAGUAAUGUGCCGCAGUGGAGAGUCUGCAGGCCAGGCUAGACAGCAUUUUUGCUGGUGACUCAGCACCUAGGAAAAGAAAUUAGAAACCUGGGCUUCAUUUUUUGGGUCCUUAUUCCAAAAUGUAAGUGCUACACUAAGCCUCAGUUUAGGGGAGGCAUCAACUACCCCUGCUCUAGGCCUUUGCAUUGGCCUCUAAGACACUGACAGAACUGUAAGCAUAUCACUAUUAAAAAUACAGUAUUCUAACCUGGCUAUUAAAUGAUACGUUAUGCUAUUUUUCAGGGAAGGGUUUAUUCAGAAAAAAAAAAAGAUAUAAACACCACCAGUAAAAAGUAAAAUUUCAAGAGCUUGACCUUAAACCUUUUAAGUGGCAGGAGACUUGCAGAGCUGCUGCCUUUAGCAAACAUCCAUUUCUGACCUGUUUUGGUCUUCUACUUGAAUGACAACCAAAAUCUGCAUUUCUGCCGUGUUUACAGAGUGACCCAAAUACUUUCUACCCCUAAACAAUGGGCACUUAGCACUAGGGCAGGCUUUAAUCGAUGGAGCAGUUCAAUUGCAUCUAAAGAGCUCAGCAAGUGAAGCAAAGUUUGUGGGCUGAGGAGGCUGCUCCUGUUGCUUAAUAGAUCGAGAGGAGGGUGACCAAUAUGAGAGGUAGCAUCAGGCUUCUUUCUUGAGUAUGUACAAUGUACUGUGGAUAGUCACACAACGGCUGCUCUUAAACCAUAGUAUUUUGCUGCUGUAAGGUAGUGAAAAAUGUAGGGCUGUGUAACUAGAUGCUGACAAGUUUGAAAAUGGGCAGACAGUGCUGAGUUGAGCGAGUAUUUAUUUCUAUGCCUUUCCACCCAGAGUCGUUCUAGUUCCAGCUUUACACCAGUCUUAUGAACUGUUAACUGAUUGUCUGGUAGCUAGUACCAGUGUAUUGUGCUUGUAUAGUCCAGUUGAGCAAGGCUCAGGUCAAUGUAUUUCCAUUCUGUCUGUGCUGAUUAAUACUGUGGGUCCCCUUUCUGACCUCUUUGAAGUACAACCUUCUGGGUCGGUUUCAUGAUUCAGGCGGUACCAGGCACACUCGGGGAGGAUUUGUCGUUGUACCCCCACCCCCCAGACCCACUUGUGUGCAUUUGAGGCAACCGAAGAAUACCUGCUCCCUAAUAACAAGUCUAGAAUUUUGACCUACUACAUGAACACUAACUUAUGUUUGUCUACGUUCAUCUAAACAGCUUUUAUGGUUAGUCUGGACAACUGAACCAAUGUAAUAAAGCAACGUUUGCUGGUG